AUGCUUGUCGACGGCAACAUGAUUAAGUCGGCCAUGAGCUCUGUAGCUCCAAUUCCAACCGUCGUCCCUGGACCAUCAGAGCACUAUGUCACAGCUACAGCUAUUGGUACUCGAACCCUCUGGGUUGUCUGUGUGCUCAUGGGUCUCUCCUCGUUGGCUUUCUACGGCAUGGCCUACAGAGUUCCGGCUUCGAAGCGACUCUUCCACAUUCUGACUGCUUUCAUCACCACCUUUGCCUUCCUCUCCUACUUCGCAAUGGCUAGUGGCGAUGGAAUCAACCUCAGAAGCUCUACAGAGACCAUCAGUCACAAGCACGGUCUGCCAGACACAACAGAGAUCACUCACCGAGAGAUCUACUAUGCGCGAUACAUUGACUGGAGUUUGACCACUCCUCUUCUGCUACUCGAUCUCGCACUCUUGGCUGGCCUCAACGGUGCUAACAUCCUUGUUGCCAUCGUCGCCGAUAUCAUCAUGAUCAUGACUGGUCUCUUCGCUUCGUACGGAAAGAAUGAUGGUCAGAAGUGGGGCUGGUACACAUGGGCUUGCAUUGCUUACCUUGUCAUUAUCUACCAAAUCGUCUUCAAUGGCCGAAAUGCCGCUCUCAACAAGGAUAGCAAGACCAAGGCCUUCUUCGCUGCCCUUGCUGCUUUCACCUUCGUUCUCUGGACCGUCUACCCAAUUAUCUGGGGUCUUGCUGAAGGUGCUGAGCUCGUCAGUGUCGACGCUGAGAUUAUUGGUUACGCCAUUCUUGACAUCCUCGCCAAGCCUGUCUUCGGUUUCUGGCUCCUCUUCACCCACGAUAGCAUGUCCAGCACUUCUCCAUCCCUGGACGGCUUCUGGUCUGAGGGUUGGGGUGCUGGUCAGCUCCGUGUUGGAGACGAUGACGAAGCUUAA